AUGGCGACACCUCAAUCAUCGUCAAGAAUCGGCACGUUCACAAUCCACUACUUCGCCACAGCUUCCCAAUUCACAACAAAAAACACCGAGAGUCUACCCGCUCCACUCCCACUGUCACAACUCUUCUCCUUACUCGAAGAACGGUACCCUGGGAUCGAAGAGAAGAUCCUCGUCAGCUGUGGUGUAAGUUUGGAUAAUGAGUAUGUGGAUCUUCAAGAGGAUGCACAGAAAAUCAUUACCGUUGGAGCGGAGAUUGCGAUUAUUCCGCCUGUGAGUUCAGGAUAG